AUGUGGGACCGGCGAGAGCCCCAGAUCUUUACAAUCAUGCCAGUUGCCUACACCCCUGCCUCUUGCAGGAGUGUGUGUCCCAGGGAAGGGCAGGACUGGUCCCAGCUCACAGAGAUUCAGGGAAAAGUGAGUGCCUCAGCUGGGGUUAGAUUUGUCUACACACAGCAGAAAGUUCAGAACAGUUGUGGCAUAGACAAGAGAGAGUGCUUUCUUUCUCCUGUUAAAGAACUCUGGAGGUGGCUCUCCAUGCUGACCCGGGCUGUCCCCAAGGCCAUCAGCCAGCACCUGUCCUGCUGUCCCAGAGUCUCUGUAGCUGACUUCUGUCCUCAGUGCUGUCUCUGGACCCCAGAGGGCUGUGCUUCAGAGAUAGGAAGAGGAGAGAAGGAAGGACCAAGGCCUGCUCAGCUGUGUAAGUUCCAGGCAGACAGCCCCUGCGAGCCCCUCGCAGUGCCUCUGCUCAUGCCCGGCCAGCUUGGACUUGUUCUGGUCACCUUAGCUACAAGACAGAGAAACAGUCAUGGCUCUCAGCCAGGAUGUCUGCCUAACCUUGACCUGCUCAAUCUCUUCCAGACCUUCUGCCAAAAAGUGGGCCUGCUGUGCACACUUCAGGGUAAGCUGCAGCCCCAGGACUGGACGUUGUUGGACGAACUGCUGCAGGGCCUGCAGACACUGCUGCUCACGAUUUUGCGGCAGGCCUCCCAUGGCCUCUUCCUGCGCUGUCAUGUGGAGGCCCUAACCCUGUGACACAUCAAUAGCUUCCACCAGUACAAGUAUGACCUGGUGGCAGUGGGCAAGGCUUUGGAGGGCAUGUUCUGCAAGCUCAGCCACCUCCUGGAGCACCCGCACCAGCCGUUCUUCCUCUACCUGCUCCCCACCCUGUCCCGCUUCGCCUCCAUCGGCCUCUACAUGCCUGCCACCAGCUUCUUGCUCCUGGUCCUUGGUUUCAAGGCUCUGCAACUGUGGAUGCAGCUGCAUGAGGCCGGAGUGGGCCUUGAGAAGCUCAGGGGACCCCUGGCCCUAGUGUCCCCCCUCCCCCAGCACAGGGUGGUAAGCACACAGGUCCCAGACAGGGGCUGGAUGGCUCUGAAGCUGGUAGCCCUGAUCUACCUAGUACUGCAGCUGGGCUGCAUCGCCUUCACCAACUUCUGACUGGACUUCCUGCUGGCCGCCGCUA